UCUAGUCACGUGACCUAUGACCUGGCUGGAAGGGAAGAUGGCGCAAAUUUUGUGUUCGUCGCGAUUGUGUCAGCUGCGGGUGUUUUGGUCGCCGCAACACCGACUUGUAUUCUGAUGCCAUCUCCAGGUUCUGAUAUGGCUACAAUUUGGAACUUCUAGUCCAGAGAGGAGUUAGUUUUCUUCAUUCAUAGGUGUUGACAAAGAUGGGUAACGCUGAAGACAAGGAAGAGACAGAGACCAGUACAAUGAGUGUUGCACAGUCAGGUCACAAGGAUGCUCCUCCUAACCUUGAACAACAAACAGUUUUCUCUAAUGGGAGCAAAACAGAUGAGUCAAGCACAAUGGCAGCAGGUACAGAGACUGAAGAAGUUUUACUAAACACCUGCAAAGUCAUGGAAACUGAUGAACUCGAACCUUCCGAAGGACCACCUGAACUUCAGCCGUAUGAUUUGUACCAAGGACCUGAUUUUUCAGAAACGUUUGAUGCAGAUGCCUUUGACAGUAUCGGUCUGAACUCUAUAGUAGAUGACUAUGACAAUGACGGAAGAGACACCCCUGAGCUCCAUCUAUACGACACAGCCACAGAUGAAGACUUUGAAGGAAGUAACUACAGUUUUAAUGCAAGUAAUGAUGGCUUGAUGUUCAAUCAGGAUGAAAUAACUAACGAAUUAGCUAACGAAGGACAAUCAGUCUUUAGUACCAUCGGCUCAGAAACAGAGAAACAAAGUACAGAGUGCCCUUUGGUUCCUGAGGACCACAAACUAGACAUUGAUGAAAAAGAAGUGGCCUCCAAAGAAGGUGCAGAGUCUGCCACUGACAAAGACAGGACAGAAGACAGUCAUGUAGAAAAAGAAGACAAUCAAGAUAACAAUAUAGACACACCUGUAAGUAAAGAAGGAAAGAGUCUUAGUGAAAAGAAUGAAGGUCAGGAUGAAAAGAAGCGGGAAACAGAGAAGGAGGGAGAGAAGUCCAAGCGAGAUGUUGACCUGGAUACGUUCAGUGCAAUUCUUGCAUCCCGCUCCAUCACGCACAAGGUGCUCGCCGAUAUUGCUACAGAGUGGAUCACUCAAGAGCUGAAAGAAGUGGACCAGAAGUCUAUGCCAGAGGUGUUCCAGGUGCCAACUAGCCAGUCCACCUGGCAGCUGCUGAGUGGAGAACGCAUCUACACCAGGGAGAGACAGAAAAAGAUGAUGUGCCGUCGCAGUAGACGUAAACGGACAGGGGUUAGCUAUAAGGAGUCGGAUCCGCUGUACAACUGUUCUUCAAGGUACGAGAAAACCAAAAGGGACAAGAGGUUCACUGCCAACCCUUGGAAGAAGACAGUUCCAGCAGUGGAUGAUGAUGGAAAGUUGAACUGCCGGAUGUGUAAGUUUGUGUGUGAAACCUACACGGCCUUCCACCAACACCUGCUGGACCACCACACCUGGAAGAAGUGCACCAAGUGUAGCUUCCUGACACAGAGUCAGAGGAAAAUGAAUGCCCACAUUAAGAUAAUGCACACACCCAAGAAUCAGUGGCCCACAGUGAAGAUGCAGAAACAAUGCCAGCUUUGUGGACUAGAAGCUGGUUCUCCAGGGCAGUUACAGGAACACAUGUUGUACUUCCACAAAUGUUACAUCUGUGGCUUCAUCACCAGGAACAAAGGGGACUUGGACAAACACAUGAAUACGUGUCACAAGGGGUACCCAAAAUUCCAGUCACCCCAAGCCAGAAACACAACUUCUGUUGUGCAAGGCUCGUCCAAUGGACAAGCUGGUCCCAUCCCAGCACACACCCAAAACAAUCUGUUACAAAGGCCGUCAUUGGUGCAGGUCCCCCCUGGACCGAGCACUGUAACACAACACCUGAGUUUUCCCCAGGCUUCAGGACAACCAACCAGAAUGCAGCCAAUCAGCACCGUGCUAGGACAGCCAGGUGCGCCCGUAGCGGUGGGCGUACCGGGCCUGCGACCGGGCAUGAUAACAGUACCGCAGCAGGCUACCACAGCCACUAAUCCAAUGGUGGUAAGGCUACACAACAAUGCCAACCAUGCCGAGACCUUCGUCCGCUGUACCUUCUGCUCCUACCUGUUCUCCACCCUGAAUGGUGCCCAUGCUCACAUGGCUAAUGUACACUGGAGACAGAUCUCAGCACUGGCACAAGCUGGCCAAAAGGUUAUCCUGCCAAAGGUGAUCCUGUAUACAAAUAACCCUCCACAGCGGGUUCAGCCAAAGCUUAAAGCACCGAUCAACAAAAAUACCGUCAGGCAUCUCCUGAACAAAGAUGAGCACACACGCCCCUCAGGCAAUGCUGUGAUUGCUCCUUCCAUUCCAAGCCAUCAAAUCCCACAGGGAACCACCACAGUCAUCAAUCCAAGCGGGCAGGUCCCAGUGCCUGUAUUGGGCAGCCCUGCAACACCUGUGGGUAACAUAACAGUCAGGCACCCAGGUCCAGCUCCUCAGGCCAUCACCGGUAUAGUGAGGCCCCCAGUAGUUGGAGCAGUCAAUGCUAUCCCGGUAGUCAGGCAGGGAUUUCAGACUGUACAGGCCACCCCUUCGCCAAUAGGAAUAACAGGAACCACAAUAGUCAGGCAGCAGCUUCAGCCUAACUUUGAUACCACAUUAUCAGGGGGCCUGACAAGUAUCGCACCUGGGACAGCUGUAGCACCUGGGACACCUGUGGGUCCACAGCAGCAGCUGUUGGUGCUUAAAAAAGAAGGAGACAAGUUUGUAUGGGUAACACAGUCAGUACCCAGUGUUGCAAGUCCAAUGCCAAACCAGAACAAAGGGUUGAUAAGCGCAGCAAACAUUACCACUGCAAACCAGACUGUAGCAUCACAAGGCACUGCCAACAUUGUGACCAACCAGUCAGUAACUGCACCAAAUGCACCUGAUAAGAAAGAAAUCCAGGCUUCAACCAGUUCAAACCAGGCAGAUGAGGAGCCAAAGUCAGAGAGCAUGCCAGAAGACACAACAGUCACCACUCCAGUCACUUCCACAGUUAUCACACAAAGUGGGACUCCAUUGUCAAUAACAACAGCUCAGAAUAUAGCAGCUACACCAGCCAGUACAGAACAGACUAUUGGUACAGCUACUACCACACAAACCAACACUGAUGAUCACAACGUUCCUUCUCAUUCUCGUACAAUAGCUGCUAGUAGUACUGUUCUGCCUGGUGUUGUUUCCGUCAGUGUCUCUCCAGUACCUGUAAUGCCCACUCACCAAGUGGCAGUAACCGGCAGUGGACAGCUAGCAUUGGUGCCGCAACCAAGGCCCCCCCAGCCAGUAAUGCCCAGUCAUCAAGUGGGAGUCACCGGCAAUGGACAGCUAGCAUUGGUUCCACAAACGAAGCCCCGCCAGCCACCCCCCAAGACAGUGUACUUUGUGAACAAGGCGCCACAGGUCGCCGGCAUGUCAGCUCCACAACAGGUGGUGAAAAUACAACCCGGUCCGCAGAUUGUGCAGAGAGUGGGGAGCCCGGGGCUGAGUGUCAGAGGAAUCCAGCCUGGUGUUGUCGGCUCCAGUAGCCAGCCUACCACCACCAUCGCUCCCCAGACCGUCUUGUUGAUGGCAGAUGGACAGAGGAUAGUCCUCCCUAACAACCAAAAGCUGAUCACAGUUCCGGCUUCUACAGCACCAGGAGGUAUCACACCACAGCCAAUGUCAAACCCGCAGACUGUCAACCUUGCUCCUCCGGUGGAAGUCAGCAAUUCACAGUUUGUGAUGCGGAAUACAAACUGGAGAGGACCAGGAAUGCCAAAUUCUGGAUAUACACUCCGGAUGCCAUUCAAGGGACAGCUGCAAAACAUCGGACCAGGGCAAACCCUAGUGGCGAACAGUGUAGGUGGAGUAAUUGUGCCUACGCAGGAUGUUAAAGCAGACAAUAGUCGUCCGGGGAGGCCUGCCCUGUUGUCUCUAGCCCCCAAGCCAGAGCCGAAGUCUGACAAGGAUGCAAACAAAGUUCACAAGUCUAAGAAAGAGUCAGAUGUUAAGACUGCAACAGUAUCGGCAAAAGGCACACCUCAAAACAGGGACAAAACUAAGAAGGCAAGUGUCAAAGAUCCAAGAAAGGAGAAAAACUUCUUAAACUUCUUGAAGAAGAAAAAACAGAAAAAGCUGAAAACAUCUCAUGCAGAGGACGCAGAGACCAUUCUUCUGAGGAGUUUCCACAGUAACCCCUAUCUGACUUCCAUGGAACUGCAGCGGUUAAAGUUCAAAACCUACCGGAGUGCAGCGGACAUUCGUUACUGGUUCCACACCAUGCAGAGAAAGUGUAUGAAGAGUUUGGAGCAGCGAGAGCCAAGAGUUGUGAUAUGUCGCUGUGAUACCCAGAAGUAGAACAUAAGGAUGGACCACAGGGUAGACCGUGUACAGUCAGAGAUAUUCCCCCUGUGCAAGAGAUGUAUUCCUGAAAGAAAAUUCAAACUACUAUAUUUCUGGACACCUCAUCUUGUGAAACCAUUGCUUUUUCCUCUAUAUUGAUGUAUCACAAAUUCAAAAUGAAAGGCUCUGUUUAAAUGUAGUGUUGUAGAAUGUGCUUAGAUGUUGUAGGUAAAACUCUUCUGUCCGGACUGUUUGUAGAAUAUGUAACGUUUGAGAAUACAGGGAAGUGUAUAAAAUUGUGUCAGCCCUUUUUCCUGGAUGUGAAUCAAAUCUUUGCCACAGCUCUAGAUCUCCUUGAAGUUUACAUUAACCAUUUUGAUAAAAGGGUGAUAGCUAGACUUUUCUUCAGUAUGGUCACUUUGAUAUCUCGCUUCUUGGAAUUUUACUGCAGUCUGCAGUAUAUAGACAAUGAAAAUGAUCUUUAUUUGCACAUUCAUGCCCAUGUAGGCUAAAUUCAGUACAUGUAGUUUCACGAGACAGUCAUAGAAACACUACAACUCUAUAGAAGAAAGAGUUGUUGGGAAAUAUUAAGUAAUUUUGUCAUACGUAAUUUUCAUAUGUACAAUUGUGAAGUAUAUAUGCAGUGCAAUGUACCUGCGCAAAAUUUUGAUGCAGUUCGGUUUUUCAAGUUCUUCCUGUUUCAGUAACUCUGGUACCAAUGUUUCAGGUCUGGAGUCCAGGCUUUUGAUAAGUAUUUCCUCAUGUAUUUUGAAGAUUUUUGAUGUUCUUAGACCAGUGUGACUGUAAUAGACCAUUCCUUAUGUAAUACAUGCUUAAGUAAAUAUUAUUGUCCAGUCAAAAUGUGCCUUUUGUGGUGAGGAUUGUAGUUUUAAACUGCAAAAAAGACAAUCUACUUGGAUGUAAUAAAAAUGACUAGGCUGUGAAACUAGCAUAUAUAAGAAGACAGGUUUAUGUAAUAUAUAAGAAGACUGAUCUCUGUUCAUAUGUUGCACUUAUAUGUUGUGUUUCUAAAACCAGUUCAUCACAUGUAAACAACCAUAGACAAAUAUAACUUUGGUAGAAUUUAUUGUUGCUUGUUCAGCAGGCAAAAGCACACUAACAUCUUUUUCUUUAUAUACAUGUAUUUAUUUACUCAGUUGCUAUAUACUGUAUCAGAGUAUUCUAAGUUAUACAUAGUUCUCACUACAUUGUACUUCUUUUUUUACCAGAGAUGAGUAAUUGAAAUCUCACUUCAUACAUUGUUAAAAAGUGACAAUUGUAGAUCUUCCAAUGUCUUCUGUAUUCUUUUUAGGCAUUUACCUCAAAUCAAGUUGCUUAAAUUCAAUUAAAAGAAAAGUUAUCACAAUCAUUUGUAAAUAUGUAUUGUAUAUUACCUGUGCCCUUUAGGAACACUAUUAAACUUUGCCUGCAUAAUGUAA